GGUGUAUGGACUGCCCCCCAGGCCGAUACUGCACCGAGGCUGGGGGGGUGCAGCUCUGUCCAGAGGGGCAUUACUGCCCCGGUGGCACUGGAGAGGACGUCCUGCCCUGCCCCCCGGGCACCUACAGCCCCCAGCCCGGGCAGAGCCACCUGGAGCAGUGUCUGCUGUGUCCUGCAGGGAUGUACUGCGAGGACUGGAGCUUGUCAGGACCCACAGGUCCCUGUCAGUCUGGAUACUUCUGCCUGGCAGGGAUAAACUUCCAGAAUCCAGAUGGCAACAUUAGCACGGGCGUGGGAGGGCCCUGCCCCAAAGGUCACUACUGUCCCGCAGGAACAAGCCUGCCUCUUCCCUGCCCCCCGGGGUCCUUCUCAAACAGGCUCCACGUGACGGAGAGAGCCGGCUGCACCCCCUGCCCCCCCGGCCAGUUCUGCGGCUCGGCGGGGCUGGCCUGGCCGUCUGGACCCUGCAGGGAGGGGCGCUACUGCCCCGGCGGAGAUUCGGCACCCACGGGGCCAGAAGCAGGGGAAGGGGUGUGUCCCGUGGCACACUACUGCCCCCCUGGCAGUGCUGCGCCCAUCCCCUGUCCCGCGGGCAACUACACCAACCUGACGGGCCAGACCCUGUGCUCCCGCUGCCACGCUGGGUACUACUGCCCUGAGAGGAUCAGCAACUACACCCGCUUCCCCUGCCCAACUGGCUUCUACUGCCCCGACGGCACAAGGCAUGCCACGCAGUACCCCUGUCCCCGUGGUUACUACAACCCGGAGCCCAUGACCCAGAGCCUGGACAGCUGCCUGCCCUGCCCCCCCGGACACUACUGCGAGAAGGAGCGGCUCACCACCGUCUCAGGGAAGUGCAGAGCCGGCUGGUUUUGUGUCUCUGCAGCCUGGAACUCUCAGCCGUUUGACCUGGACAACUACACCAAUGCAAACUGCCUGUGCCCUGCCACCUCCACUGGGGGGCGAUGCCAGGAGGGGUACUACUGCCCCGCGGGAAGCUCUGAACCCCUUCCCUGCCCCCCUGGGGCCUUCUGUAAUGCGACUGGAUUGGCCCAGCCUGUGGGCCCUUGUUCUCCAGGUUAUUACUGCAGUGGAGGAGCCACACGUCCCCGGCCAACCGAUGCAGUCACCGGAAACAUCUGCCCCCCCGGGACAUACUGUGGUAACGCUUCAGGAGAGCCCAGGUUGUGCCCAGCUGGCAGCUUCUCUGCAGUAGCUGGCAUCUCCAGUGAGGCUCAGUGCCAGCACUGUACAGCGGGCUCCUACUGCAGUGCUCCAGGCCUGCGGGCACCAACAGGACCCUGUAGCGAAGGGUACUGGUGUCCUCCAGGUCAGACAGUCGGGGUAGCUAAACCCUGCCCAGGAGGGCACUACUGUCCCACGGGCAGCCCUGCCCCCAUACCCUGCCCUGCUGGCAUGUACCACGACCGGGAGAAGCAGCCUGUCUGCCUGGCCUGUAAGCCCGGAUAUUACUGUGAUCAGCACUUCGGAGCAGUUAAUGGCACCGGUCCCCGGCCCUGCCCACGGGGGCACUACUGCCCCCCAGGAACGGGCACGGCCGCCCAGUUUGGCUGCCCAGUGGGGACAUUCAACCCCCGAGAGGGAGGGAUCAGCCUGGAAGACUGCAUGAUGUGCCCCCCAGGGAAGUUCUGCCCCGCUGCAGGGCUGUCAGAGCCAGGAGGAGACUGCCAUGCUGGGUUCUGGUGCAAAGAGGGGGCACGCAGUCCCACUCCCACUGAGGGGGACACUGGCGUCCCCUGUCCUGCUGGCUACUACUGUCCCACUGGCACCGUCGCCCCCGUGCCCUGUCCGCUGGGCACCUGGUGGAACAGCAAAGGGUGUAAAAGCCCCGAGGAGUGCCAGCCGUGCCCCAGUGGCUUUUACUGUGACACCCCGGGCCUCAGCACCCCCUCAGGGCCCUGUUCUGCAGGGUUUUACUGCACUGAAAGAGCAGUGACCCCAACCCCCUCUGACAACAGGACCGGGGGACGCUGCCCAGAGCAGCACUAUUGUCCAGUAGGAACCAGUCAGCCUGUCCUUUGUGAGCCAGGGACCUUUAUUACUGUAACACAAGCCACUGCAUGCUGGCCCUGUCCCCCUGGCAGAUACUGUAUGAAUGGGACCAUACAGCUGUGCCCAGCAGGUUUUUACUGUCCUGAGGGGAGUGGCUAUGACUGGAGGGCGUGCCCCGAGGGCACGUACGGCGCAGACGCCGGCCUGACCGCCAUCUCUGAGUGCCGGGAGUGUGACCCCGGCCACUACUGCGGCCAGAGGAACGCCACCGCCGUCACCGGGCCCUGCCAGGAGGGGUAUUACUGCCCCGGAGGAAACGCCUCUCCGCAGCCGCACUCUGACUCUGCAGGGGAGGGGGGACCAUGCCCUGCUGGCCACUACUGCCCCCGGGGUGCUGCUGAGCCACAGCCGUGCCCGGAGGGCACCUUCAGCAAUCUGACCCGGCUGGUCUCCAAGGACGACUGCACGCCAUGCUCUCCUGGCCACUACUGCCGUUCCGCUGGGCUGACCUCACCCAGCGGGGAAUGCUGGGAAGGAUUCUUCUGUCAUCGAGGGGCAGUACUCCCCAACAGUCCAAUCAGAGAUGGCAGGGGGGGGCCCUGUCCCCCAGGUUACUUUUGCCCAAAGGGCGUGGCGGCUCCACAGGUGUGUCCAGAGGGCUCUUUCAGCACCGUGGAGGGGCAGGCGAGCUGUAGCCGAUGUCCCCGGGGAUAUUAUUGUCCGGGCAAUGGUUCAUCCUAUCAGGGUCAUGAAUGCGCAACUGGCCAUUACUGUCCUGUGGGAUCCGCCUCAAAAUACCAGCAGCCCUGUCCGGCUGGGGCAUUUAACCCCCAUCCAAGAAAGGGCCACCUGGAGGACUGCCUGCCCUGUCCCCCAGGGUUUUUCUGCGGUACUCCGGGGCUGAGUGCAGCAUCCGGACCGUGCAUCGCUGGGCACUUUUGCAUUGCCAGAGCAACCACCCCAUCACCUGAGGAUGGGAAGACGGGAGACAAGUGUCCCAGAGGUCACUACUGUCCGGAGGGAUCCAGUUCCCCAAAACAGUGCCCUGUGGGUCGCUACAGUAACACCAGCGGGAACACAGAACUCUCCCACUGCCUGCCCUGUCCAGCCGGGUUCUCCUGUGCCAGCCCUGGACUCUCUGCCCCCUCUGGCCUCUGCCAGGCAGGGUACUACUGCCCCCUGGGACAGAACUCCAGCAACCCCACCUCCUACACCUGCUCACCUGGGCACAGGUGUCCGCCUGGCAGUGCCACCCAGAGUCCCUGUGCCCCAGGGACCUACCAGGACCGGCCUGGGCAGGCAGACUGCGCUCCCUGCCCCGCUGGACAUUUCUGCACAGGCUCCUCCCACCCUGAGACUGGCCACACCCCUUCCCCCUGCCCGAAAGGACACUACUGCCCACCAGGUGCAAAGUCCGGGGUGGAGUUCCCGUGUCCAGUGGGCACGUUCAGUGACCGCACAGGGGUGUCCCGUGCCGAGCAGUGUGCCCCCUGCCCCCCGGGUAAAUACUGCGGCUCCGCGGGCCUGUCGGCCCCCACGGGGCAGUGCUCUGCCGGGUAUCUGUGCAUCCUUGGUGCUGUGGUUCCUCAGCCAGCUGGUGACGCCAGUGGCGGGAGAUGCUCCUCAGGGACCUACUGUCCACAGGGUUCCGUUAGCAUGCUCCCCUGCCCUCCUGGAACAUAUAACCCUUUAGAAGGGGCGGCGUCUGUGGAUGCCUGCCUGCCCUGUCCACGAGGUCAGUACUGCGCAGGCAUUGGGCUGGACGCCCCGUCCGGGUCCUGCAGUCCGGGCCACUACUGCAGCCUGGGAUCCAGCUCAGCAGAGCCACAGGAGCUCUCCACAGCGAGCACCGCGCAUGAGUCAAACCUCUCGGACAAGGCGUUCCCCUCCCCGGGGGAGAAUGGAGGAGGUGUGUGCCCCAGAGGGCACUACUGCCCCGCGGGGGGGGCCCAGCCCCUGCCCUGCCCGCCAGGCACUUUCCUCAGCAAAUAUGGUGCCCAGUCAGAGGCCGAGUGUCAGCCCUGCCCUGCGGCGUUCUACUGCCCUGAGUGGGGUCAGAGGUCAGCAGGACUGGAGUGUCCGGAAGGCUGGUUCUGUCCGGUGGGGUCAUCCUUGGGUCAGCUGCCAGAGCAUCGAUGCCCUGAAGGACACGCAUGCCCGUCUGGAAGUGCCAAGCCAGCUGUGUGCCCACCUGGUACUCAUCAGCCUUUACCUGCCCAGUCCACCUGCAGUCCCUGCCCACCAGCUUUUUACUGCCAGGGAGGUGUGUCUGCUCCUGUGCCCUGCCCAGCGGGGACCCUGGGUCAGACAGAGGGCCUACACUCCCAGCAGCUGUGCGCUCCCUGCCCCGCUGGGUCCUACUGCAACGGGAGCGCACUGACCACGCCCACAGGGCCCUGCUCUGCAGGUCAUUACUGCACCCUUGGAGCAGUGGAGCCAGCUCCGCUUUCUCAGGCCUACGGCAACUCCUGCCCCCCAGGGCAUUACUGCCCCCUGGGCAGCAGUUCUCCAGUGCCCUGUCCCAUGGGCACCUACCUCCCCAAUAAGGGUGCCCCAUUCUCGUCUUUCUGCACCCCCUGCCCUCCAGGCCACUACUGUGACUCCUUGGGGGCCACACACCCCUCUGGAUUGUGUUCUCCAGGUCACUACUGUACUGAGGGAGCAGAGACUGCCACACCACAAGCCAGCUCCUCUGAUCUGGGCUGCUCUUGUGAUGUCAUCCUUAAGGCAGCCAAUGACAUGCAUUCCCUCUGCUCCUGGGGGCGGAAUACAACCUGUCACACUCCAGAAGGUUCUGAGAAGAUGGGCAGAAACAUCCAGGCCCUGUCUCACCCUGCAAAUCUUCAGAAUGACACGGACAUCACCUGUGCCAGCUUCAAAGGCGAUAUCUGCCCUCAGGGGUUCUACUGUCCUGAGGGAUCAUCUGCACCCAAGUCAUGUGAUCAGGGUCUGUACUGUAACCAGACCGGCCUUGCCUCCCCCUCUGGGCCGUGUGAAGCAGGGUUUUACUGUCCCAGAGGCUCUACCCACCCUCAGACCUCCCCCUGCCCCCCUGGAAACUACUGCCCCCUGGGCACUCCCUACCCUCUGCCCUGCCCUCCGGGCACCCUCCAAAGCGCCCCUGGUGGAUCCGCUCUGGAGGACUGCCCACCUUGCCCCCCCGGUCACUACUGCAGUCAUAGUGGGCUGGUGGUCCCCAGUGGCCCGUGUGCAGCCGGCCAUUACUGUCCGGGGGGCCAGGCCACCGCCAGGCCGCCUGAACACGCGUGUGCAGCCGGUCACUUCUGCCCGCAGGGGAGCGCCAGAGAGACAGCCUGUUCCCCUGGCAGCUAUCAGCCCAGAGAGGGUCAGGAGGCAUGUGCCGUGUGUCCUGCGGGGUCUGUCUGUCCUAAGGAAGAAAUGAUACACCCAAUGCCUUGCCAGGCGGGAUUCUAUUGCCCCAUGGGUACAGCCAGUCAACUUCUGUGUCCUCCUGGUAGCUAUGGGAACCACUCAGGAUUGACGGAAGCUUCAGAGUGCACCCCAUGUGACCCUGGAAUGUACUGUAAAGGUUCAGGGAACACCUCUCCCACGGGUCCCUGCAGUGCUGGGUUCCUCUGUUUUGGGGGAUCUCCUCUCCCGUCCCCCACUGACGAAGUGACCGGGGCCCAGUGUCCCCCAGGAUUCUAUUGCCCUGCUGGCAGCUUCUCCCCCAGGCCCUGCCCCAAAGGCACCUUCAGUGAGCAGAGUGGACUGGCUGAACCCGCCCAGUGUCGCCUGUGCAGUCCAGGGCACUACUGCUCUGAGCCCGGUCUGAGUGCAGUGAGCGGACCCUGCCUGCCAGGCUAUUUCUGCCUGGAGGGGUCGCAGAGUGCCGCCCCAGAUCGGAGUGCGUUUGGGGCCGUGUGCAGCCCUGGGCACUACUGUGAGAGUGGCACUGCUAGCCCCGCCCCCUGCCCCGCUGGCACCCAUCGCCCAGACAACGGCGGACGGCACAUAGAGGACUGCGUAGCGUGCCCUGCUGGUGAAGCCAGGACUUCCUCUCCAUACAUUCUCUAUGAAACAUCAUGUGCCCUAUAG